UCGUGUAGUAAGAACUUUCUUACAAAUGAGAAAUUACAUAAUAUAUAUUAAUGAAAUUCACAAAUCACAAUAAUUACAUAUCAAACAACAUCGUCAACAUGCACACAAAGACACUGCCAUAGAGUCGAUUAUUAUUAAAUGAGGAUGGACUGAUGGACUGACGGAGAUCGAAAUCCGGAGAGUCGUUACGAAUAUUCCGAUAAUCCGAUAAUGUGGAAAAAUACAUCAGUUAUUUUUAGGGCGUAUAAUAAUGUUAGAUAAUUUAAAUAAUAACUAACAUUAUCUUUGUUAUGUACAGCUGGCAUUGGGGUUCUGGUUUUUUUUUUAUCAUUUCUAUAAUUCUAUAAAAUAUACUGUAGUACAUAUUAGGCAGAGCCCACACGGACGCUCAAAGUACGCGCGUUUCGACAAACGUAAUUUUUAACGCACGUACUAAAGCGGGCACACGAACGUCGAUAUGACGUCCGUUAAAAAUUUGUUGUUACACGCAACGACUUAUUGUAUGUUAUAUCGAACACGACUAAUCGUAUCAAGUAAAACGGAGCGUGUCAUUCAUUGUUAACUAAAAUUUCAUCAAUUGUUUCUAACUCUUGACUGUCCUAAAAUUUUUAAAAAAAAUUGUCUUCAUUGAACUCCCGACAAAUAACGAAGAAUGGGCGGAAAUAGAAAAUGGAUUUAAAAACAGAUGGAACUUUCCACUAUGUUAUGGCGCUAUUGACGGAAAACAUAUACAAAUUGUAGCUCCCGACAACAGUGGCAGUAUAUAUUUUAAUUACAAAAAAGUAUUCAGUAUUGUUCUUAUGGCAAUAGUAGAUGACGAUUAUUGUUUCCGAUAUAUUGAUGUCGGUGCAUGUGGCAUGGCAUCAGAUGGAAGUGUAUUUAGAAAUUGCUCUAUUUAUAAUAAACUAGAGAAUAAUCUUUUACCAAAUGGUGGAGUGAUUGUUGCCAAUGGUGCAUUUCUGUUAAAACCAUAUAUGAUGAAACCUUACCCAGGUGACAAUUUAACAUUGGUACAGAAAGUUUUCAACUAUCGACUAUCCAGAACUAGGAGGAUAGUUGAAAAUGCUUUUGGAAUAUUAGUAAGCCGAUUUCGUAUUUUUCAAAAACCUAUCGCUACUGAUGUGAAUACAGUGGAUAAAAUCGUAUUAGCAGCAUGUGCUUUGCAUAAUUGGUUACGAAAAGAAAAACGAAAUAAUUAUAUAACGCACUGUGAUAUCGACCGUGAAGAUA